AUGAAUCUAAACGAUGACUUGGAAAAGCCGCUCAUGGGAAGAUCUUGCGAUAGCGAACAAUCCGAAUCCUCCACACUCCUAGAACAUCGAACACUCGGACUUCAGAAAAAGAUACAAGCAAGAACACGAUGGUCUUUGUACCUGCAGAUAACAACCCUAAUCACAACAUUGACUUGGAUAUCUUUGUUCAUCUGGAACCAAAAUGAGAGAAGCACAUCUCCAUUCGCUUUGAUCGAAAGAGGGCACUGUGGCUGGUCAGUAGAAGAAGCCAAAGCUAACGACUGCGUUUACGACAUCAUGAUGUCUUCUUGGAUGCCGCGACCAUGCUAUGACGAAGAAUUAUCCGAAAGCUUUCUAAGAGCCAACAACUUCACGUAUUGGACAUUGAAUCAGGGGGGGGAAGAGGUUCCCGAAGCAGAGGUUAAAAAGGGAGAAUUUGAUAUUCUUUUCACACAUGGGACGUAUCAUUAUCAACACUGCAUCUAUCUUUGGAAGUUGCAAAUGAAGGCACAAAAGUCAGCUGUAAGGGUCCUUGACUCGAUCUCAAGAAGUCAAGCACACAUCGCACAUUGUCAAAAGCUACUGACACCUGACCUUUCGUCGCACACUUUGUACCAGCUACAAUCAAAGACUGGGACACCCAUACACGUUAAACCAAAGCGACAAACUUGUUGGGAAGGGUAG